AUGGCGGAGAAGUCAGGACUGCCGCUUUGCAGAAAGAUUUGCUAUGCUGUUGGGGGUAUUCCCUACCAGAUGACAGGCAAUGCCCUCGGAUUUUUCCUCCAGAUCUUCCUGUUGGAUGUUGUGCAGCUGGAGCCAUUCCAUGCCUCUUUGAUCAUUUUCCUUGGAAGAGCCUGGGAUGCAGUUACUGACCCAGCUAUUGGCUUCCUAGUCAGCAAGAGUCCACGGAGGAAAUAUGGCAAGCUGAUCCCAUGGAUUGCAUGCUCCAUGCCAUUCGGGGUGCUCUGCUACUGCAUGAUGUGGUUCACCCUCUCGGAUGCCACCCCCGCCUCCCUGAAAUUCCUGUGGUACCUGUUCAUGUACAGCUUCUUCCAGACUUGCAUGACCUGCCACCAUGUGCCGUACUCUUCCCUGACAAUGUUCCUGGGAGGAACCCAGAGAGACCGUGACUCAGCCACUGCCUACAGAAUGGGGAUGGAGGUGUUCAGCACGCUCCUUGGGUCAGGAAUCCAGGGGCAGAUUGUGGGCAGUUACCAUGCCCGCAUGAUGAACGGCUGUUACGUGUCAAAUGAGACCCUGCCCAACGCAAGCACCUACAGCCUCACGGACUCUCUGGAGAACACGCGCAGGGCCUAUGUAUUUGCAUCCCUGGUCCUGGGCUCAAUCUAUUGCCUGUCCUGUCUGAUUCUUAUCUUUGGAGUCAGGGAGCAGCCUGGGCCCCUUAGUCCCCUGGGGAAGGUUGAGCUGCCUUUUGCCAGCUGCCUGAGGAUGAUCGUGGGACACAAGCCCUACACCCAGCUGCUGUGUGGCUUCCUCUUUGCGUCCCUGGCCUUCCAGAUCACACAGGGGAUCUUUGCCUUCUUCUGUACUCAUGCUGCAGGGUUGGCUGGGAAGUUCCAACAUUUAGUGCUUAUCAUGUUGCUGAUCAUGCCAGCCCUGGUAGCUGUCACCCAGGUGACGCACAACUUCCUGGCCUUCGUCUUCCUGGUGAUCAUGGCAGGCUGCAGCAUGGCUGUGCUCUACCUUUUACCAUGGUCCAUGCUGCCAGAUACGGUGGAUGACUUCAUGCUGAGGAAUCCCAGUUGCCUUAACCUGGAGGCUCUCUUCUACUCAUUUUACGUCUUCUUCAACAAAUUUGCAGGUGGCCUUGCCGUGGGGAUAUCGACACUGAGUUUACAUUUUGCAGGUUACCAUGCUGGAGACUGCACGUACAACCCCUCCGUCAUCCUCACCCUGCAGCUUCUCAUGGCCCCAGUUCCAAUAAGCCUGCUGCUCAUUGCCAUAAUUAUCUUCUGCCUCCAUCCCAUCAAUGAGGAGAGGAGGAAGCAGAUGAGAAUGGAGAUGGAAGCAAUGGGGUAA